ACCUGAGUCGAAAUUCAGCCUUGACUAGUGUGGCGUGUGUUGUGUCGCAUCUGUAUAAGAGAGACGCAGCGAUGUAUAAGACACACGCGGGUUAUAUUAGUAUGUAUUUGGAUGAAGUGCGCUUCUAGACUCUCAAGUGUGACGCUUUCAAUGAGUGUAUUGACUAGAAAUCAAGGCCGGAUUUUUCGUAGGAUCUUAAUAGGGAUAUUAUAAUAUCUGAUAGGUGUCACAGACGCACACGUGACAUAGGAAUCCUCAGUUUGGUUGAAUUUUAUCACAUACCAAAGAAGUAGGCGCUUAUAGAUGAUACGAAUUUUCGAUUGAUUAUCUCAAACUAAAAAUUUUUUAUCAUCAGAGCGAUCAUGUUUUUAGUAGAAAUUUGUGUAGACGCAUAUUAGCGAGUACGUUUUCGGAAGUGAUAAAGUUAUAAAGUAGAAUUAUAAUAAUGCUUUUAAUACACUCUUUACGGACAUUGGCUAUUAACUAUUCCAUGAUGAAUAGCCUUUGUGUCAUUUUACUGUUAUUUGAAAAUCUAGAUCAAGUUGCAGCUUGAAAAGCGAGACGCAUUUACUAGAAAGUAAACACGUAUGCACACCUUUAUAAUAAUGCACAUAAAUAAUCACCGAAAUCCCGACGUAUUUUCUGAGUGCACGUCCAAAACGAAAAUGCAAAUAAUUCAUUAUCAAGACAAAGUUUCACAACAUCAUAACACCCUAUUCUAUUAAACCACCACAAAUGACGCGUCGGAUCUAAAAACACACUGCACGCGCCGUCUACCUCAUAUCAGUUAGUAAAAAGAAAAUACAUCAUCCAGCGCGCGUACGUCAGAAGCAAAACUGCUCUACCCUUACGACUGCUCAUAAAUCCACGCGCGCAGAGUUGUUUUUUUUUUCGCGCGAUAUUUACUAUGCGUCUCCGAGUACAAUCGAUCGUUAUUUGUAACUGCCAAUAUAACUGCCAAACACGCAGACUCUCUCCGUUAUCGAAACUCAUCGGGAAAGUAUUUGGAAAUUCCGCAACUGUACACCGUAGCGAAACUCCUCCCGCUGCGCUCACAUAAAAGCACUCUAAUCUCGAGCAAACACGAGUCGACGUGAAUCCUCGAAUCACCGAUGGCGAACUGAUCUGCCGAUAUUUCGAGAGACACACUGCAGUUCAUCGCUUGCGAAGCUUCCACGCGGGCAACAUGAAAUUCGGACAGUUCGGAGCGAUCCAGGAUGCCGAUUUGAUGUAUGGCCGCUACACGAAGGACCUGGGCGAAUAUGCGAAGGAAGAGGCGAGGCGACUCCGACACGACAAAUCGUCGCGCAAGAAGUUCGACAAAGUGCGAGCCGAGGAGUUCAGCAAGUCGAGACGCGGCCCUGUCUGUCGUAAGCUCCUGGCGCUGCUGGCAUUCGCCUGGAAGCACACUGGCGCGAGACUCGGCGAGGACUGGGUCUUCCUUGCCCUGCUCGGCAUCAUAAUGGCUCUCAUCAGCUACGCCAUGGACCGCGGCAUUUCCAUGUGCAACAACGCCAGGAUAUGGCUGUAUGAGGACCUCACGUCUCACCCGGCUCUGCAGUACCUGGCGUGGGUGUCGCUACCGGUUUGCCUGAUACUCUUCAGUGCUGGCUUCGUCCACAUUGUCGCACCGCAAAGCAUCGGUUCCGGAAUACCGGAGAUGAAGACGAUUCUCAGAGGCGUUGCGCUGAAGGAGUACUUGACCUUCCGCACUUUAGUUGCCAAGAUCGUCGGGCUGACGGCAACGCUUGGCUCGGGCUUGCCGCUUGGAAAGGAAGGUCCCUUUGUGCACAUCGCUAGUAUCGUAGCAACACUGCUGUCGAAGCUGGUGACGAGCUUUCAGGGUAUUUACGAGAACGAGAGUCGUAACUGCGAGAUGCUGGCCGCUGCUUGCGCGGUUGGAGUGGCCUCGUGUUUCGCGGCGCCGAUCGGUGGUGUUCUUUUCAGCAUUGAAGUAACGACGGUGUACUUCGCAGUGCGCAACUACUGGCGCGGCUUCUUCACCGCUGUCUGCGGCGCUACAAUGUUCCGACUACUCGCCAUCUGGUUCCAGCGCGAGGAGACCAUCACCGCUAUGUUCAUUACGAACUUCACCAUGGAAUUUCCCUUCGACCCUCAGGAGCUCUUCAUCUUCGCCCUAAUCGGAGUCGGCAGUGGGCUCUGCGGCUCGUUCUACGUGUGGUUGCAUCGGCAGUACGUCAUAUUCAUGCGCAAGAACAAGAGCAUGAACAGUUUUCUGCAGAAAAACCGCUUUUUGUACCCUGGCAUUGUUUCGCUACUGGUGUCAUCUGUUGCGUUUCCUCUGGGUCUCGGCCAAUUCAUGGCCGGCGAUUUGAAUACUCACGAUCAAGUGCACGGGCUUUUCACCAACUUUACGUGGACCAAAGCGGACUUGAACGUGGAAGAGCAGAACGUUGUCAAGCACUGGUCUACCGAGCAUUCCGAUGUUUUUGUUGGUCUCUUGAGCUUCACAGCUUUCACGUUUAUAUUCUCAAUAAUUAGUUCGACGGUGCCGGUACCAUCGGGAAUAUUCAUUCCAGUUUUUAAAAUCGGAGCUGCUCUUGGCAGAGCAGUUGGAGAAGCGAUGGCCUUACAAUUUCCAGCUGGCGUUCGAUACGGGGGCGUCGUUACGCCGAUCGUUCCAGGUGGGUACGCGACGGUCGGUGCUGCGGCUUUUUCCGGCGCGGUGACCCACACAAUAUCCGUGAGCGUCAUAAUAUUCGAGAUGACGGGUCAGAUCACGCACAUCGUGCCGAUGAUGAUAGCCGUGCUGAUUAGCAACGCCAUUGCCGCUCUGCUUCAGCCAAGCAUCUACGACAGCAUUAUACUGAUCAAGAAGCUGCCCUAUUUGCCAGACCUACUCCCGUCGGGUUCAGGAAUGUACAACAUUUAUGUAGAAGACUUUAUGGUACGAGAUGUAAAAUAUAUUUGGCACGGAAUAACGUAUCAAAGGCUAAAGGAAACUUUAAAGGAGAACAGAAAACUUCGCAGUUUCCCGUUAGUGGAUAAUCCCGAUAACAUGAUUUUAUUAGGUUCAAUCCAGAGGCUAGAGUUAAUUAAACUAAUUGAAAAACACAUCGGUAGAGAAAGGAGACUGCAGGUCGCUCAAAGAUGGCAUAAAGAAGCUGAAGAACGAGCAAAAGAAGAGAUGGAAAGGCAACUGAGAGAGCAAGAGAGAUCGAGAAGACCAUCAAGAUUUGAAGUUAUUCCAGCCCCUGACAUUUUGAAAAUGCAGCGGCAGAGUGUAAACGAUCUGACUAUGUCAGGUGGCAAUGGAGUAAACUCCGAUCACCACACCUUCCACACACCGGUUUUCGGAUCGCAACCGAAGAAAUCAAUCCUCAAAAAGACUAAUUCGUUUACUCUCAAAGGCUUCAGUCCACUUGUCAGUCCUGCCGUAACACCUUACACUACGGUUACGGGAGCUGAAAGCAGGAUAAGGUUAGCAUUUGAAGCGAUUUUCCGCAAAUCUGCAACCUUACAGGACGUCGAUCCUGAUCCUGAACUAGGCUCUGGUACGAUACCAAAUGGACGUCGCGACAGCGUCGAUGGUGGUGCGCAUCAGCCAAUGCUCACACCUAGUCCAGCGACAUCCAAAAAAGUCCAGUUGCCCCGUGAACGAGUGAUAGAUAUGUCCGCGGAAGAUCAGAAGCAAUGGGAGGAAAGUGAGAUGGCGCUGGAAGUGGACUUUUCUCGAUGUCACAUCGAUCCGGCACCGUUCCAGCUCGUUGAAAGAACGUCUCUCCUGAAGGUCCACAGUCUGUUUAGCAUGGUGGGCGUUAAUCACGCUUAUGUCACGGCCAUCGGUAGGCUAGUCGGGGUGGUUGGUUUGAAAGAGCUUCGCAAAGCGAUAGAAGACGCAAACGCCGGUAUCCUGCCAACGCAGUACAGCGCUGAUAACACGCACCCAACGGUCUCCGAGUUGAGUCUGGCCAGAAGCAGCGAUGCCAACUCCAGCAUUACCGACACGACCAAGAGUCCCGGCACGAACGCGAGCCUAGCCCAUCAGUCUAAUUCCAUGAAUUCCGACGACACGGAAAAGAUUGACAAAGUCUGAGCACCGCCGGAAUGUUGAUGGAGCUUAGUACGUUUAUCCCGAUAUAUAUCAUAAAUCCAUUGUGAUAGUUGCAUCGUCCCCUUUGACGACGCGACCCUGAACCUACUGCAGCCAGAGAUUUUAUUCAAUUCUCAUUUAAUGCAAAUCGUGAGGGUAUAACAAUGAAAUGCGCGAAAGGCUGAUGGCAUUCGCAUUUGAUUCUUUUGUUUCCUAUACUUUUCGUCGUGGUACUUGUGUAGCUGUACGAUUUUGUUAUGUAGAAUUUUUAUCAUGCCAGUGGACAUUGAUCAGUUUAAUUAUCAAUUGUAAUGAAUAUAUAUUUACGUCUUUAAUUGUUAUAUAUUUUACCGAUUCAUGUACGAAGCCGAAGCUGAAAUGUUUUUCUAUGUUUGUAAUUCAAUUUUAAUUACGCUAUACUGUCAAAAGCUAAUGUCAACAAAGCGGCGACUUGAAAAAAUUGCAUUCUGGACUGAUAGCUAGAAAUGUCAAUUUUAUUUUUCAUAUAGUAAAAGCCUAUAGGGGCCUCGAUAAGGGCUGUACUUAAUUAAGUAAAAUAAGACAAAUAAUUAGAUAAUAGCUCUAAAGAUAUCAUUUCAACAGAAUAAAAUGGAAUGCCAUCGGCAUCGUGUGGCCAUCACGUAUCGAAUAAUUACAGUGAAUAUGGUUUUGUAGUUCGAGUUAGCGAUAUUUUUUGCUCGUCGCGAGAGCAACAUGAAUAAUCGACUCAUAUGCAUCUUGUUAAAUUGCAACCUCGCCAUCGCGUACGAUAAAUUUCGUCACAAAUUUCCACACGGAGAUAAUUAAGUAGUUAAAAGCGAACAAAUGAUAACAUUUUAUAUUAGUCGAUCACUCAAUAACAGCAUAUAAUGUAAAAAUAUGCCUGUGAAUAUGUCGUAGACGCAUAACAACAAUAUUAGUUUGGUAGUUUGGAGUCUGAUAAUAAUCUGCAAAAAGAAAUAUUUUUACUCAAAGGGACUCAUUGUUUAAAUAACUCAAUUUAGCAUACUUCAAUCACUAUGAAUAAAUUUAUUAUGGAUUCUCACUCCAAUCAAACAUAUUGCUAAUGUUCUGUAAAAUUAGUUUAAAUUAAAGAAUUCUCUCAAUGCUCGCAUCGAUCUCAUAUAAAGUUGUUACUGUCUUUAUCAUCCUACAUUAAAAUGCAGAUACAAGAUAUUUAAAACAAAAUAACAUUUUUUUUGAAAUUAGAUUUAAAUACAUCGCACAACAUUGAGUAUGAAUCCAUUAAUUUUAAGAAUCAAGAAAGUUUGUAAAUCAAUCAAAGAAUAUGCUAUAAUAUUGUUCUUGAAACAUAUAAGACGGUAUGAUAUGUGAUGUUUUGUAUUCUUCAAACACUCUGAAUCAUCAUUUCUAUGCAUCAAAUGCAUUACCAUAAAGCUUUGAUGUGAUUGAACAAAAAAAAAAAAAAAAAAAAAAAUAGAAGUUGUAAGUUCUACCAUUAUAUAUGUACAUAUAUUGGGGAUAUAAAUAUUGCUUUAAUAUGAAUGAGUUUCCUAUACGAUAUAAGACGUAAUUCCUUAAUCACCGUUUUUGUAUGAGUAAACUCUAUAACAUAAACUCUUAUACAAAACAUGAGAUGCUCUUAUACAAAAAUGUUUAUUCCAACUCUUUUAAAGAAAAUGUGUGACGCUGAUUUACGUAUCAAUAUGACCAUUAUGUAGUUAUAGCACAUUAAAUUGGAUUUAUUUUGUAUGCGUGUGCGCGCGCGUCUUACAUUCCACACAAAAAAUGAAGAAUGAGUUCAGUAGAUUUGUAAAUAUCUUCGUGAGUUAUGAAAUAAUGUUUAAGAAUCAAGCAAAUGCGAUGCUUUUUCUUAUUAUUACUUGUAAAUAAUCUGUAUUGUAAGAAGAAUGAAAACCAGUAAUUUAUUAUAUUUCUUUGGAAAUAAAAUCUAUUAUAUAAAAAUAA